UCCACGGUACUGAAUGGAAGCCUGAUUCCCAAUUCCAUACGGUAUUGGGGUUCAAUUCUGCCUCUGAAUUACCAAGCCAUCCAAACAUCAGACAUCAGAAUUGGGCCGCACCAAUACAGCCGAAAUAUCAACAUCCAAACGCGCUGUUAGGGAAAACCCGUUGGAGAUGGAGAAGAGAUGCUCUCAUGUCGUCUUCCUCGCCACACCACACCACUGCCGUCGCGUCAUCUCCCACUUCUUCUUCAUUCCCCCGUCUCUCUUCUCUUCCCCAUCGAGCCAGAGGGCAGCGGCUGCGGAGGCGAAGCCAUGGUCCCGUCCCUCUUCCUCCUCCUGCUCGUCGCCGGCGCCGCGGCGCAGGGCCACGACGGCGCGGUGGCGCGGCGGACCAUGGAGGAGUUCGCCGGCUUCCCCGCCUCCGACGUCGGCGAGGGCUACCGUGCAUAUCUCUUGCGCGUAGACUCCGAAGGCCUCCAGCGCCAGAUUGAUGAACUGGCCUCGUUCUCUGAUUCUCCUGCGCCGUCGGUGACGCGUGUGCUGUUGUACAGCGACAAGGACGUGCAAGCUCGAAGGUACAUAAAAGGGAUAAUGAAAGAGCUUGGCCUUGCUGUUCGAGAAGAUGAUGUUGGUAACAUAUUUGGCCGCUGGGUGGGUUAUGAAGCGGAACUAGGAGCAGUUGCAACUGGUUCUCAUGUUGAUGCCAUUCCAUUUUCAGGCAAAUAUGAUGGUGUUGUUGGUGUUCUGGGUGCUCUUGAGGGAAUCAGUGUGCUAAAAAGGUCCGGUUUCCAGCCAAAAAGGUCUUUGGAGGUUAUUAUGUUUACAUCAGAGGAACCUACAAGAUUUGGAAUUAUCUGCUUGGGAAGAUGCUUGAUGGCAGGGAGUGAGGAACUAGCUCAAUCCCUAAAAAGGACAGUUGACAACCAGAAUUUAUCAUUCAUUGAUGCUACUGACUCUGCUGGCUACAAGAUACAUCCAGAGGAUCUACAUGAUGUAUUUUUGAAGCAAGAUAAUUAUUUUUCUUUUGUAGAAUUGCACAUUGAACAGGGUCCCAUCUUGUAAAAAGAAGGAAUCCCAAUUGGCAUUGUUACUGCUAUUGCUGCUCCUGCAAGUAUUAAGGUGGAAUUUGAAGGGAAUGGGGGCCAUGCUGGAGCAGUGCUUAUGCCCGCAAGAAAUGAUGCUGGAUUGGCGGCAGCUGAGCUGGCAUUAGCAGUUGAGAAACAUGUUCUGGAUUCAGGGUCAAUUGAUACAGUUGGCACUGUUGGUACGUUUGAUAAAUUAGGUUUUAUUUUCAAAGUCAUGUGUACUAUUAGUUCAGGCCUGUGCUGCCAUAGCGGCGUAGUAUCCUGCGGUAUAUUUGGAUGUUUCUUGGCAAAUUUUGAUUUGCAGCUGCACGAAAAGAAUGCUUUGAAUCUGGCAAAUAGGAUGCUUAUUAGCCUGCAUUUCCAAAGUCACCUCCACUUUAGUCUUCAUUAAUGCCUGAUUAGAUCAUGUUUUCUGUUCAUACAAAAGAAUGUAGAAUAUGUAUCUUAUUUAGCUAAACCAUGAGACUUGCAAUUUGAAAAUAUGUUGAUGCUUAAAUGGAAAGAGGCGCAAGCAUAAUUUAGAAUGGUUUACCCUGGCUGUAUAGAUGAGCAAUUCUAUAUUUGAGUGAUUUCGUUGUGAAAGGAUAUUUAGACAGCCAGUGGUCGUUUACCCUGGCUAUAUAGAUGAGCAAUUCUAUAUUUGAGUGCUGUUUUCGUUGUGAAAGGAUAUUUAGACAGCCAGUGGUCAACCAACAUCAUAAGAAGAUGUUCACUGUAAGCUUGCCCAGAUCUUAGGUAUUCUGCAGCUACAUCCAGGGGCUAUCAAUAGCAUCCCAAGUAAAUCACACCUGGAACUGAUGUAAGAGAUAUUGAUGAGAAAAGAAGGAAUGAUGUCAUUGAGAAGGUUCACCAAUCUGCAGUUGAGAUAUCAAAGCUCCGCGGAGUAGAGCUAUCAGAAUUCAAGAUCAUCAAUCAGGAUCCACCUGCUCUGUCUGACAAAUCAGUAAUUAACGCAAUGGAAUUUGCUGCAAAACAGUUGGGCCUACAAUACAAAUUGAUGAUCAGCAGCAGAGCCUAUCACGAUUCACUCUUCAUGGCCAGACCAAUGUGUAUGAUCUUCAUUCCCUGUUAGUACAAAGGAUACAGCCACAAGCCCGAAGAGUAUGCGUCGCCGGAGGACAAGGCGAACGGAGUCAAGGUGCUAGCCUUGACAAUGGCCAAAUUAUCCCUUGAGUGACCACGGCAUGGGAGGAAUCAAGAGGGAAGUACCAACGCCUGUGUUUCCUUGCUGAUAAUACGCUGUACAUCAGCUGCCUCCCGGUCUCCGCAUCAGGCAUGCAUAUAAAACCCAGGCUUCAUUCUUCAGGAAUAACAUUUGGAUGGGCUGGAAAUCCAGCGCAACUGUUUCAUCGAGGAAAUGCAAUCUGAUUUCAUUGUAAUGUGCUAUUAUAUGCAACAAUGAGCAUCUCUUACGCUCUCCACGUCGUCUUAGAGAUAAGAAAACAUGUUGUACAACGUACUAUAUGUACUUGCAAAACAAAAUGAAAUCAUGUGAACAGAGUGAUCUGAGGAAGGUAUUGAAUGCAA